AUGACCUCGACCACAAACAUCGUCCAGCGGCUCCCUCUCUGCACUGAGCUGCCGCCCCAGAUACCGCCACCCAUGGCCCUAGGCCGAGAAGAAAGAGAAAGGUCUUCUCCAAAUGUGAGCCAUCAAAUCACACUCGAGCGCAUUGUUUCGUACUGGAACAACAUCGGCUUGGUCGAGCUCGCGUCCAUGUGGAAGUUGUUCAUCCUCGAUCAUGUGCACGCCGUCGGCUACAUCCCAGACCGCUUUGCCACGGCAGCCAAGUGGGACAGGCGUUUAUUCCAGAUCGACGUCAAAUCCAGGGUUGUCCGUCUCAAUCCCCAGAGCCUUCAACAGCAGGACCAAGAUCCGGUACUUGUCUGCAAUAGGGCCAUCGUCACCUUUUGUGAGCAGAAUCGAGACAUCAGCAGAUUCGGUGUCGGUAUCGAGGCGUGGCUUCAGGAGAAUGAGCGUUUCGUGAGAGGCACAUGCAAGGCUCCCGAUUACCACCCCAUCCUGACGCGGAGACCGGACCUCGAAGGUCUCAGGCUGCCCUCGCCCAUCAGAGGCAUCCUUGGCAUCGCCACGGCCGGCAUCCAUCUCAAUGUGUACACCAUGAAGGGCAACGAUGUCGACAAGGUCUGGGUAUCGCGGCGGGGCCCCAACAAAGCGGCAUAUCCUGGCUGUUACGACCAGAUCGUUGCGGGCGGUAUGGAGCCUGACGAUAGGAGGAACCCGUGGUUGAGGCUCUGCCAUGAGUUGAUCGAGGAGGCAGGGUACAUCACCAGUGGUCGCCACGUAUACCGCCAACAGCACGGCGGCGCAAAGGGCCGCUGUGUUGGUGAGAUAGAGGCCAGGGUGAGCACCAUCUAUUUUCGUACCCAAAAGGACUGGACGGCUGGAGCCGCCGAGGAUGGCCACGUUGAGCCGGGGCUGCGCUUCUGCUUCGAUCUCUGCCUGGAGCCGGAAGAGCACCCCGAGGCCAAUGAGGCCGACAUGGAGUUCAGCGUUCUCUCAGUGGAUGACGUCAAACGCUCUCUCCAAUCCUUUCGAUGGAAACCCAACUCAGGCCUGGUCACGCUCAACUUCCUCCUUCGCAAGGGGCUCGUCGAGAGCGCUGCUGACCGCAGGGCCAUCAGUAGUCUAGCACACGAGGGGCUCGCCCUGGAGCUCCCAGAGUUCUUCUCGGAAUACUAG